AUGGCAGAAUCACUGAAAGAAUCGUCAUGCUGGCCAUGCUAGGCUCGAUCGGAAUGACCAUGAUUAUAUUGGCGUGUGCUCUUCCUACCUACAACUUGUGGUGGCCAAUAUUUGUUGUGCUUUUCUACAUCAUAUGCCCCUUGCCUACUUUGAUCGCGAAAAGAAGUCAGAACGCGGACGAUGGCGUUCGAGCACCGAAUGCGAUGUUUGCUACCAUUGGAAUCAUUCUCAGCAGUUUCGCUUUGCCAAUCGUUUUAGCGCGUGCCGGUGUGAUUCAAUGGGGUGCCGGAAUACUUACGUUGGCUGGCAAUUCUGUGGCGUAUACAACAAUUUUGGCAUACUACUUUGGAUUCGAAUCUAGCGAUUCAGGCAUGUGGUAAAGUGGAGAUGUGCGCCCAUCGUAUUCACAUUUGUUUUAGUUUUUUUGUGGCAGCAACCGAAAGCCAUACUCCCGCGUGCAACAUUGUACGCUCUCAUCUAUAAUGCUACGAUUUCUUACUAUUCUGAGAGUUUCGUAUUUCUUUCCUUCGACUUUACAGCGAAAUCCACAAUUAGGAUAUACAAAAAAUGUAUGCAUUAUUUAACAAUUCCAUUCAGCAGGAGAAGAAAUUAAUAAACAGCGAAUAUUAGAAUUUAUG